AUGGAAUCAGUAAAAAAAUAUCCAAUAAAUCAUAGGGAUUUAUAUACAUCAAUUUUAGCAAGUGUUUUUCGCUUACGAAUUGGUAAUCGGUCCUUUCUCUUGAAUCCGAAUGAAUUCUUUAAUCGGGAAGACCAAUCGCGUUUAGUGGCUCUAGCUAAAGCUGAUCAUCAUAAUCGCUUAAAAAUUUCUGACGAUUAUUUAUCUGAUACUGAAGAAUAUUACUUCGAACGCAACACUUCAGUUGCUAGUCCAAUUAUAGACUACUAUAUAACGGGAAUUUUGCACACACCUCUAAACAUUUGCCCUAUACGAUUUAAGGAAGAAUUGGACUAUUGGAACAUUGGACUUGAUCAGCUAUGUCAGAAUCAUCCAGUUAUUCCUUUUAUUUCAGAAUUAACCAAAAUGGGAUUGAUCCCGGGGCUUUACUCCAAACCUACCAAAUAUUUAAACUGGUAUUGUUUGAAAUUUUUCAUUACCAAAUUUUUAGGACUUGUUGUAGGCACUAUGCCUGAGUUCCAGCAAGAUGCACAUAAUGCUUCAUUGUACCAUUUGAUGCAUCGUUAUAAUCAAAAUGGUGAUACUAGUUCGAAAUUCGAUUCAUCAGAUGAUUUCAAAAAAAAAUUUCCUUCAUUUAUUUACCGUGCAACAGAUAAUCCUGCAACUUUUAUCGUUGUUAUUGAAUAUAUAUGUAUGGCCUGGUUUACAAUGGAUUAUUUAGUGAGAUUGGCAAUAUCGCCUCGAAAAAUUCAUUUUUUUACCGAUUAUUUGAAUAUGAUUGACUUAAGCGCAAUAAUUCCUUUUUAUAUAGAAAUUUUCUCCAAAAUACUUGGGACCGAAGUAGAAAAUUUGAAACAAAUCGCUGGUGCAUUGUUAUUUGCCAAGAUUAUGCGAGUAUUACGCAUAAUGAGGGUAUUCAAGUUAGCAAGGUACAGCAGUGGAUUACAAAUUUUUGGUAACACACUUCUUUACUCGGCACCUGAAUUAACAAUGUUAAGCAUGUUUCUCAUAACUGGUAUUAUAUUUUUUUCAACUGUAAUGUACAUGUUAGAAAAAGAUGAAACUGAUACUUAUUUCAACAGUAUUCCUGCCGCAUGUUGGUGGUGUAUAGUAACUAUGACCACGAUUGGUUAUGGCGAUACAUUACCUCUUACAACAGCUGGAAAGAUCACAGCAAUUGCUGCAAGUAUCUCGGGAAUCAUUGUACUCGCAUUUCCAAUAUCAAUGAUUGUUGACAAAUUUGCGGCGGCGCAAGAAUACGUUUUAAUUCGACAGCAAUUCGAAAUGAGUGGUAAUAGGAAAAAAUGA